GCGAGAGUUGCUCCCGCCUGGUUCAUCACGCUGUGCUGUUCCUGCAUGAGGCCAGUUGUGCUCAAUUCUCUCUUCUUACUCAACAGCUGAUGGAGGAGGGACUUUGGGAGCAUUGGGCGCUUAGGGAGCAUUCAGCGCGCUGGGGCUUGUAUGCUCCGAUGCCUGGAACUGGUCAGUCAUUCUGCUUUGUGCUGACCCACUGCAUCGCAGGUCGAUGCAGUGGCGAAAGGGAAGAGGUGGUGCGUCUGUGAUCGAGCGGUACGUUUUUCGAGCAGUUGAAACUCCUCGAUGGCAAAUUGGCAACACGAUCUCUGAGGCUCCGAUCUGAUACAUGAAAAGAACAGAUGCCCAUGAUGGUGCGAUGCUCUCUCGCCGCCGAGUUAUCAUUCUGGCUUAUUUCCAAUCCUUUUCAGCAUCUGAUCGUACCAAUCGCCACCAUUGAUCUGGUCAUUAGCGGCAGCAAUCCGCUGAGAUAUCAUCCUGGAUGAUUGCGAAUCCUUUUCAGCAUUGGAUUGUGUACCAAUCACCACCAUGGAUCUGGUCAUUAGCGGCAGCAAUCAGUUGAAGGCUAUUUGUAGGGCCGUCAACUGCUUAGCUAGGGUCGGGACCGAGCUUCUGAUGGAGGCAUACACAGAUCAAGUUGUGCUCCACACCAUGAAUGCUGCAAGGUCGGCACUUUUUGCCGUGACUUUCAAGCCUCAGUUCUUUGAUGAGUUUCAGGUGGCAAGUUUGAGUUCAGGCAUUAAGUGCAGCAUCCUGUUGAAGUCAGUGUGCAGUGUGCUCCGGACAACGCCCAGCAGCGUGGACAAGUUGUCUAUCAGUGUACCAAAUGUGGAAGCCGUCAAGGUCAAAUGGUCCCUAGAUUGUAUAAAUGGAAUCAGAAAGACCUACUGGAUUUCUUGCUCUCAAGAAAGUGAGUCCAUUGGGGCAAUAUUGGAUCGGACGAGGUUUUCCAGCCAUCUUGUUGUAAAACCCAGGGAUUUGAACAGGUUACUUGUGAAUUUUCAGGCAACUCUGCAAGAGAUAACCCUGAUUGCUACGGAACCAAUCCUGACGCAGGCGCCAUCUGACUAUGCAUCUCAGCCCCCAGAGGUCAAGGCUGUUGAGUUACGAAGCUUUGUGGAUCCAAUCAAAGACAGCACCGAUGCCUCGUUGCACACUCAACUAUGGAUUGACCCUAGGGAGGAGUUGCAAGAAUACUCUCAUACAGGCGAGGCAGUGGAUGUCACGUUCAGCCUGAAAGAGCUCAAGGCAAUGCUGGCAUUCUGUGAAGGAGCUGAGGCAGGGAUGCACAUGUACUUUGACAAAGCUGGAGACCCUGUCCUUUUUGCGCCAAGGUUUGGGCCUGGAGAUCAUACCAUGUUGAGUGACUACGAUGCAACAAUGGUACUUGCCACGAUGCUUGAUUCGGUAUUGCCUCAAGUCGAUAGAGACGAGCCAAAAAGAGAAAAUGAAGCAGCUUUGAGAGGCAAUGCCACAGCAAGGAAUGCUUCAUCGCCUCAACGAGAAGCGGCAUUGAGUGCUCAGAACUGCGAUGGUGGAGUAGGGGAGGCUAUGAGGACUCCUGCCAGAGGAGAUGAAGGUGACAGAGCAAGUCGGCUGGACUCUGCUCCUCAGUCUGCACCUCGAUCAGACCGCACUCACGUGUGGUCUGACCUGUCUGCGACGAGCAAUGGAAAGGUAAGCCAGAGCAACACCCGGUCAGGGGAUCAUCGACACGCAUCCCUGCAGGAGAAGGGUGCAGGUGGUCAUGCUGGGAUUGCAGAUGCUGGGUUGUUUGACAGUGAACCAGCGAGCGAGGAGGUGAACCUGGACGGAAGACACUGGGCUAAUCAUGCUCCUAGUCACCCACCAGGACCGGGAACUGAGUGUGGUCCGCGAAGAAGUCAAGGAACACCAGUGCCAGCGGAAAUGCAAUAUUCGACUCCAUCUCAUUUGGCCCGGCGACCGUUUUAUACUCCUCAGCCUGACGAUGCAGGAUUAGCCCAUCAAGGAGCAGCCCAUCCAGGAGACCGUCAAGGGGUAGCUCGACAAGUUAUAUUCGACAAAGAGCCGUCUCAGCCACCUCGUACUGGCAUGCCACUCCAGAAAGUGCAAGCUUCAUCAUCAGCACAAGUAAGACCAGAGCGCUCUCCUCGUCAACCGAUGGGAAACAUGGCACCAAAUCAAGGAGGAAGAGGAGGAGGAGAAGGUGAAGGAGGAAGAGAAACAGGAGAAAUACCACAUAACAGGAGGACUUCACAUCAUGCAGCAGGUGUUCUGGAUGACAAUCAAGCAAUGAAUGCUGAAGAACUGCGGCAAAGGCGACCUCCAGAUUCACUUCCAGAGACGGAAACCCCAAGGCCAGAUGUGAAUGAAUCGGAUUUGUUUGUCAUGGACUCAGAAGAUGAUGAAGAAGAUGGCGAGGAUUGUGUGCACUCUACACCUCCAGAGAAGCGUGGUCGGAUCCUAUGAAGUCACUAUUACGGUCCAGAAUCCAGAUGUCACUGAUUCAGAAGUGAAAUGUUGAGAUUAUUAAGCUCAGAGGAUGAGUGAGUGCAUGCAUGUGUGUGUGUGUGUGUGUGUGUGUGUGUGUGUGUGUGUGUGUGUGUGUGUGUGUGUGUGUGNGAGAGAGAGAGAGAGAGAGAGAGAGAGAGAGAGAGAGAGACAGAGACAGAGACAGAGACAGAGAUAAGGGGAGAGAUGAUCAGUGUGUGUAGGUGAGAGACAGAGAAGGAGGGAGGGUAGAGCGGAACCUUCUGCAUCAUAUAUACCCAAAUCUAUUUGGGCUUUUGGAGGUCCAAAUAUGUAUAUUAUCCGGUUAUCCAUAUUCGCAACAUGAGAAAGGGGGCAAGAUCAUAUGACAGCGGAGUACACGGGCCACACUUAGCAGGCCAUUGGCAGAGGACUCUGCAGAAAACACUCGAAAUGGCCACAACUAAUGGCACCCCAGUGUGGUCACGCAAGUAGAAGUUAGGGCUCUCUCAGACUGGAAUUUAGCAACCAUUUCAAAGAGUUGAGAGUGUAGCUUUUGUUUCUUCCAUUCCCCCAUCUCUUCCUCUCUCUUCUGUCUGCCGGUCUGUCUGACUGUCUCUCUCGCUCACUCUCUCUCUCUCUCACACACACACACACAAAACACACACACACACACACACACACACACACACACACACACACACACACAUCUGGGUGGAAUUGGGGCUGUUGUGGGGAAAAUCUAAAACACACACACACACACACACACACACACACACACACACACACACACACACACACACCCCACCAUGAAGGGAUGGUCGCUGCCAGCCUCUGCCACAAAAACUGUGAUCCUUUGUCUUGUGCUCACCCCCCCCACCCCUUGAUUACUUGCCCAGCAUGCCGUUGUGGCCUUGAUCUGUCAUGGUUGAAUAAUUGUGCACGUCAGCCUUCUUUGCUGAUGACAUGUCAGCAACAUGCCAUGUGUCGUCAAUGUUUCUAGGAAGCUUUCAUAGAAAGUAUGUGUCUUUCCUGCGUCGACUAUCCCCGGUGCCAUCAUCCGCCACAUCCUCUCCUGGCGUGUCCCACAUGCGGUGUUGGUCGUACACCUACUGCAACCGCAGUCGGAAUUCCUUCUUCCUUGCCUGACGAACGAAGGGCACGGGAGCCUGAGGAGUAAAAUAGAUUACCAUAUGAACCACCUACAGAGCGCUGGACUGAUAGGCUGUCUCCACCCGGGCGAGCUGUCGCAGACCAAAUCCUGCAGCAGCUGAACGCCCUUACUUUCAAUCAAUCUCCCCCGUCGUCGUCUACCCAUAGAGUCGGAGCAAAUACUGAGGAAGCCCAAGAAACUUGCUCCAUGCCGCUUAUAUGAUGACCCACCGGGCGAGCUUUUGUCUUCAUACCUUUGAUGACAGUCUAUACUGCACUCAUGUACGGCAACGUGACAUGUCAUGUCCAAUUUGUAGACAGGGCUUGGAAGGGCAAUGCCUCUCCAAUUGCGGUCGACGUAAUGCAAUAAAUCGCAGUUUCCCAG